AUGGGGGCGUGGGGCGCAGCCUACCAGAGCGGCGAGGGCAGCACCUACGGCGGCGACCAGCACUACAACAUCUACGCCCGCUCCGUCUACAUCCAGGGCGGCCCUCAGUACCCCUAUCCGGGCUAUCCAGGGAUCGGCGCUUCCCCCGCGGGGCCGUCGCGCCGCCCCCCCGUCCCGCAAGGUGUGCUACCGCCCCCGGGGGUCGCGGCGCCCGCUCUCACGACCCCCAUGAAGGCCCGGCGGAGACGGCGCUGGACGCGGCGGAAGUCGAUCGUGCACACGUGUCCCCACUCGGGCUGCGCCAAGAUCUACGCCAAGUCGUCGCACCUGAAGGCGCACCUGCGCACCCAUACGGGCGAGAAGCCGUACACGUGCGACUGGAAGGGCUGCGGCUGGCGCUUCGCGCGCUCCGACGAGCUCACGCGCCACUACCGCAAGCACACGGGCGACCGCCCCUUCCAGUGCCGCCUGUGCGAGCGCGCCUUCUCGCGCUCCGACCACCUCAGCCUCCACAUGAAGCGCCACAUGGCGCUCUGAGCGACGCGCGAGUCCGAAUGGUGUUCUGAGGGACGCUCGAGUUCGAGUCUAAGGUGCCAACCAUGUGGUGCUCUGACUGAUACUCGAGAUCGACCGGCAUAUGAGUCCGGUUCGAAGACGCCUCCGCAUAAAGCGACGGAGAAAGAUGCGGCGACGCAUACGCGAGCGCACAGACUUAGGAAUGAAUAUCUUCGUGUGAUUUGGGCUGGACAAAAUGAGGAAGUGCCGCUGACGCCUCAUGACUAAAAAGAUUCAUGAGGCGAGUUUCAAGCGGUGUCUCUCGGGCCGUACGGCGUGAGUGCAGGACAAGUGAUUAAUGUUUCGUGAAUGUGUGUAUUUAUUUAUAUCAAACAUUCAGACGUUAUAGUGAAUAAACAGAUGAAGUGAAAAGUGUGAGACACUGCUGUUGCGA